AUGAACUCCAACAAGAGGCGCAAGGUUAACAAUGGGCAUAACCCUUUGUCUGACAUAACAAACGGUGGUGUUGCGUUUCGGAAACUCAUGCAUGUAAAACCUGGGAAACACAUUCUAAAACAUAAAGGAGGUGGUUUAUAUGGUAAGGAAAAUUCAGAACUACUAAAAGAAAACAAUGUAUUAAGGGAAUAUGUCUCUGAACGUGGGAAAGAGAAUGAAGUUCCUCAUAAUACGCAAGAUGGAGAACUUCGUGAUAGACGUGUUUCCAUUCAAGAGAUGGACCUUGAUAUGGAGUGCAAUGAGAAUGGGGAAGCUUCAGAGAUACCUGAGAAUUCAUCUGACGUAGAAGACAAUAUACCAGCAACUGUGGAUAAUGGAUUAAGUGCUAACAUGGAUGAAGAUUUCGAAACAGAGUGCUAUCAGAACAAUGAAGGGGAUGAUGUUCCCUUUAAUGAGUUGGAUGAUGACGAAGAGGAAGAUGUGAUGGAUGGUGCAAAUGACACAGAUUACUAUAGCGUUGGAGAGCCGCGUUUUAUUUGUCCAUGGUGUGGUGCAAUUAUGUGGUACGAGGAAAGGGUAUCGAAACGCACUGAUACAUCGAAUCCUGAAUUUUCAUUGUGUUGUAUGCAAGGACGAAUAGAAAUAGCACCGUUCAAACGUCUUCCUCGAGGAUUGUAUGAUUUAUACCACAAUAAUGACAAGAAAAGCAAAAUAUUUCUGGAGAAUAUAAGGUCAUUCAAUAGCAUGUUCGCUUUUACAUCUAUGGGAGCCAAUAUUAACAGCACCAACAACAAUGGUAAUGCACCACCUGUUUUCGUUUUGAAUGGAGAGAAUUACCACCAAAUCGGGAGCCUACUGCCCAAACAUGGUGAUCAACCGAGGUUCGCUCAGUUGUAUAUCUAUGAUACGGACAACGAGCUUUCCAACCGUAUGCUAUCAGUCAGAAUGGAAGAUGACAAGAAAUCGAUUAAGAAAACUAUCGUCAAAGAACUACGACAUAUCUUAGACAACUCGAAUUCGUUUGUAAAGUCAUAUAGAAUGGUCAGGGACACGUUAUUAGAAGACAAUGCUCCUCAAAUUAAAUUACGAAUUCUGGGAAAGAGGGGUUAUGAUGGUAGGCGUUACAACUUGCCUACAGCUUCGGAAGUUGCAGCAUUGGUCGUAGGUGAUUAUGACGCCGCAGAUUUCGAAAGGGAUGUAGUUGUUGAGGAGAGGUCAGGUCUUCUUAAGCGUAUUUCUGUUUUUGAAACGUCUUAUUUGCCAUUGCAAUACCCUUUAAUAUUUUCAAGAGGAGAAGAUGAGUUUCGAAGAGACAUCAGGUUUACAGACAGACCUAAAAAGAAACCUAUUAAGCGAAUAUUUGUUUCGAUGAAAGAGUGGUUUGCUUACAAGAUUCAACAGAGAGAUAUAUAUCAAUCACAUUUAUUAUAUGCCAGGCGUUUGUUCCAACAAUUUUUAGUCGAUGCAUUCAGCAUGAUAGAGUCAUGGCGAUUGAUGUGGUAUCGAAAUCAUCAAAAAGAGGUGAGAGCUGAUUUGUACAAGGGACUCGCAGAAGCUGUUCUUAGAGGUGAGACCAGUCCAGCCAGUGCAGGGAAGCGAGUGGUAUUGCCGUCAAAAUUUGUCGGGGGGGCACGUUACAUGAUACAGAAUUAUCAAGAUGCCAUGGCAAUAUGUGGUUGGGUUGGUUACCCUGAUUUGUUCAUCACUUUUACGUGCAACCAUAAAUGGCCGGAGUUAGUUGACUUUCUUAAGAAACAUAAUCUUAAACCGGAAGAUCGACCUGAUUUGGUCAGUCGUCUUUUCAAAAUAAAGUUGGAUCAUCUCAUAAAGUAUAUUAAAAAGGGGAAGAUUUUUGGGAAGGUUAAAGCAGUAAUAUAUACCAUUGAGUUUCAGAAGCGCGGCAUACCACAUGCUCACAUAUUAGUUUUCUUGCGACCUGAGUCCCGAUGCAAGCAUCCUAAUCAGAUCGACAAGAUUAUAUCUGCAGAAAUUCCAGACAAAAACCGUGACCCAAGGUUGUACGACAUUGUUGCAUCCCUCAUGAUACAUGGUCCUUGCGGUCCACAAAACACUAAAUCACCAUGCAUGCUUAAUAAAAAAUUUUGCACCAAACAUUUUCCGAAAAAAUACACUGACAGUACCGUUAUUGAUUCUGAUGGUUACCCAGUUUACCGAAGGAGAAACAACGGUGUUUUUAUCCAAAAGGGGGAGUCAUUUGUUGACAACAGAUAUGUAGUGCCUUAUAACCGUCUUUUACUCCUGAAGUAUAAUGCCCACAUAAAUGUUGAAUGGUGCAAUCAGUCUAGGUCAAUUAAAUAUUUGUUUAAGUAUGUAAACAAGGGUCAUGAUCGUGUUACAGCUACUUUUUAUGAAGGAGGAGUUGAUACCUACGACGAAAUCAAAAUGUAUUACGAUUGCAGAUACCUUUCAGCAUGUGAAGCUGCAUGGAGGAUUUUUUCAUUCGAUAUUAAUUAUAGAGAGCCUUCCGUUGAGCGCCUUAGUUUCCAUCUUGAAGGCGAAGAGCCUGUUGUUUUCGAAGACCAUGAAAAUCUUGAAGAUGUCAUACAGAAACCCCAUAUUCGUGACACUAAAUUCCUGGCAUGGUUUGAGGCAAACAAAAAGUAUCCUGAAGCCAAGGAUUUGACUUAUGGUGAGUUUCCGAUGAAAUUUGUUUGGAAGGCUUCAGAGCGUAGAUGGUCACCGCGACAAAGGGGAAUUUCAGUUGGACGAAUACAUUUUGUCCCUCCAGGAAGUGGCGAAAAAUUUUAUCUCCGGCUUUUACUUAACUUUGUGAAGGGUCCAUGUUGCUAUAAUGACAUUUACACGGUCAAUGGAAAAAAGUUUAACACAUUUAAGGAGGCAUGUUUUGCAUUAGGCUUAAUAGAUGAUGAUAAAGAGUUUAUAGACGCAAUUAACCAAGCUUCUAUUUGGGGAACUGCCAGUUACAUGCGCCGUUUAUUUGUCCAAUUGUUGGUAUCAAACCAAUUUUCUCAACCAGAGGUCGUGUGGAACAAGACAUGGCAGAAUUUGAGUGAUGAUAUGCUACAUCGACAAAGAAGGGCAAUGCGUGUUCCAGAUUUGGUGUUGGAUGAUGAUCAACUUAAAAGUUACACACUGGCUGAAAUAGAAAGAUUGUUGCACAGCCAUGGAAAGAGUUUGAAAGAAGACUACCCAACCAUGCCUCGGACGGACAUAUCCCUUAUACAUGAGUCCCGCAACAGGUUGAUAUAUGAUGAGAUGAACUACAACCAGAAUAUGCUUGAGAUUGAACAUAAUCAACUAAUGUCUACUAUGACGGCGGAACAAAGAGGUGUGUAUGACAAAAUUAUUUCCCGAGUAGAUGCUAACCUUCCUGGUAUUUUCUUUCUUUACGGUUACGGUGGGACAGGCAAGACAUUUAUUUGUAGAGCAUUGUCUUCUGCAAUACGCUCUAGGAAGGAAAUCGUAUUAACGGUUGCGUCUAGCGGAAUCGCUGCCUUGCUUAUACCUGGUGGAAGAACAGCACAUUCAAGGUUUGGUAUACCAAUAAUUGUCGAUGAAAUAUCAACAUGUGGGAUACAUCCAAAAAGCCCAUUAGCUGAGUUGGUUUCUAAGGCAAAACUUAUUAUAUGA